AUGACUAGAAACCAUGGUGCAGAGUCCCUAGCGGAUACCUUUCUCAGAAGUCCAACUUACCCUAGUAAUUGCCUCGCAUUUAUGAAGGAAACGCCAGUCAAAUCUCGGAAUAUCAAAUCUCAGUUAGCACUAAGUAUCGUCGUCGUUGGCGCCGGCCUCGGCGGACUCGCAACAGCCAUUGCGCUAGCAAGCUCAGGACACAGCGUCACCGUUUAUGAACAGGCAGCUAAGCUCGGAGAGGUCGGUGCGGGAAUCCAAGUUCCCUCCAACUCCACCCGACUCCUCAGCAGACUCGGACUCGAUCCAUACCUCGAGAAAUACGUAACAGAGCCCGAGGUUAUUUCAUUUCGUCGGUGGGAAUCUGGAGAUGUCAUUGGUCUCACUCGCCUCAUGCCUGACUUUCGAAAUGUGUUUGAUGCACCUUAUUAUGUGAUUCAUCGAGCGGAUUUUCAUACUGCAUUACAUCAACGUGCAUUGGAUCUCGGCGUCACAAUCAAACUUGCUUCUCGUGUGACUGAGUAUAAUCCUCAGGGCUCGAGUAUAUUGCUCGAGAAUGGUACUGCUGUUUCGGCCGAUUUAAUUGUUGCUGCUGAUGGAGUCAAGUCUGUCGCGCGGAAAAUGGUUGAUGAACCAGGUCAAAAGGCCCUUGAACAAACUGGGUUUGCUGCUUAUCGGGCCACCGUGGAUGUUGCAAAGAUGAAGUCAGAUCCUGAAAUAUCCUGGUUGUUGGAGCGGCCUUCACUGAAUAUUUGGAUCGGCGAUCAAAGACAUGUCAUGACAUACACAAUCGGAGCAGGCAAAUCGUUCAAUAUGGUCCUUUCACAUCCGGAUACCACUGAUCCGACAGUCUGGGACCAGUCCGACGCAUUGAGCGACAUGAAACGAGAAUUUCAAGGGUGGGACAAGAGACUUGAAAAAAUCAUCGGGAUGAUCGAAAGCACCAUAAAAUGGCCCCUUGUAAGCGGUACCCCGCUCACCCGCUGGGCAAGUGGUCGCAUCAUAAUUCUAGGCGACGCGGCGCAUGCAAUGCUGCCAUACAUGUCACAAGGCAAAUUCCCAGGUGCCGCGAUGGCUGUCGAAGAUGGCGUGGCAUUGGCAUGUUCACUUGCCAAGAUCGACUCUAAGGCAGAUAUACUCCAAGCGCUGAGUAUUUUCGAACAAGUUCGGAUCGAUCGAACAAGCAAAAUGCAAGAAGCAAGUAUGUUGAACGGAAAGUUGUGGCAUUUUGCAGAUGGGCCGGUUCAGCGUGCUCGGGAUGCGGCUAUGCAGCCCGAGACAAAGGGUGAACCCUUUAGCCAUAGUCCGAAUCAGUGGAGUGACCCCGCAACACAGAUGUGGACAUACCAGUAUGAUGCAGAACUUGAGAUUGAAAAGGCCUGGCAAAUGGCA